CACCCGUAUAAAUAAAUAUUAAGCUGGUCGUGGAAGUGGCGCCUUCAUUCACACUCACGCUCACAUCAGACAGAGACCAGUAAGGAAUCACAAUCACUAGAAGGCAAAAAAAAGAAAAGAAGAAGCAAUGAGGUAAAGGACGUUUCUCUGGAUCGUAGUGGGAAGGUAACGACGUUAGCAAGUUGAAGUUUUCUUAUAGCAGCUUCUCUAAAAGAAGGAAAAACAGAAAAGGAACUGAGCUAGCGAGUUUGUCAAAUAUAUUCCGAGAACCAAUUGGGCGUUUAAUGAACUAAAUUUGAAGCCUGCAGAUUCUUUCAAGCCAAGUCUAUGAGUUCUCCAUCAACUCAACUUGUCAUCUCAAAGAGGAUGGGCAUAUAUGAGCCAUUCCAGCAAGUCAGCAUGUGGGGGGACAACUUUAGAGUUGAAAACAGCCUAAAUCCAGGUCCUUCACAAAUAUUCAUGGUGAACCCUACCACAGAGCCCAAGACUGAAUAUAUUCCUCAUGAAUCGACGGGACCCUCAGGAGAUGAUCAAGAUCAGACUACUACAGCUGUUAGUAAGGUGCUAAGACGCUUGGCACAAAAUCGUGAAGCAGCUCGAAAAAGUCGUCUAAGGAAAAAGGCUUAUGUUCAACAAUUAGAAACAAGCCGUUUGAAGCUCAUGCAAUUGGAGCUAGAGAUUGAGAAAGCAAAAAAGCAGGGUCUGUAUAUGGGCGGGGCAUUAGAUGCUACCUAUGUAGGAACUUCUGGACCAAUAAACCCAGGGAUUGCUGCAUUUGAGAUGGAAUAUGGGCAUUGGGUUGAAGAGCAAAAUAGACAAAAUGUAGAACUUAGAAACGCAUUACAAACUCAGUCACCUGAUGUGCAGCUCCAUCUACUUGUUCGGAGUGGCUUGAAUCAUUACUCAAAUCUUUUUAAGAUGAAAGCUGACGCUGCAAAGGCUGAUGUCUUCUAUUUAAUCUCUGGAGUGUGGAAGGCGUCUGCGGAACGCCUCUUCCUCUGGAUCGGAGGAUCUCGUCCAUCUCAGCUUCUUAGUCUCAUCGUGCCACAGGUGGAUGACUUGACGGAUCAGCAGAUAGGAAGUUUCACCAAACUCCGGCAUUCUUCUCAGCAAGCUGAAGACGCUCUCUCACAAGGACUGGAUAAACUACAACAGAGUCUGGUCCUCAACAUGGCAGCCGAUGCAUUGGACAUAGGAAGCUUCGGGUUUCAGAUGACUUCUGCCAUGGAGAAAAUUGAAGCACUAGAGGGUUUUGUAAGCCAGGCAGAUCACCUUCGACAACAAACCUUGCAGCAUAUGUCUCGGAUCCUGUCAGCCCGGCAAGCAGCUCAAGGCUUGUUGAUCUUAGGGGAAUACUUUCAGCGUCUUCGUGCUCUUAGUUCUCUCUGGUCGGCUCGUCCAAGCGAUCCUGCAUUCCAAACUUGAGAUGCUUUCUGAAGUAGAGUGCUCUGCUGGCACCGUCUUUAACAGCUAUAGUAUUUGAAUUAGUGGCAAUAUAAAUAUGGUUUUGUAGCUGUUGCUCGAGUUUUGUUGUGUGUGCCUGAAGCAAAAAUUUAGGUAACUCGUUGCUCUUGAGAUGCUCAUGCUUGUACAUAGACUUUUCAUUAUCUUCUACUAAUAUUGAUAAUGUGUUUAUUAA